AUGGACCGCGGCACCAACGCGGUGGCCGUGCUGCGCAACAGCGUGGUUCCCCUGAGGCUGGGCUACGUGGCGGUCGUCAACCGCAGCCAGGCCGACAUCAACAGCAGGCGCAGCAUGGCGGAGGCGCGCAGGGCGGAGGCGGCGUGGUUUGACCACCACACGGAAUACCUGGAGGUGGCGGGUCAGUGCGGCGUGGGCACCCUGGCGCGGCGGAUCAACACGAUCCUCGGGACACACAUCCGCGCGCUGCUGCCGGCGCUGCGGCGGCAGAUAGCCGAGGCACUGGAGGCCAGGGGCGCUGAGCUGGCGGGCUACGGGAACGAGCUGGACCUGGGGUCAGACUCCGCCAGGUCCGCCGCUCUGCUGCAGCUGCUGUGUGCGUACGCCGACCGCUACAACGCGCUGCUGGAGGGGCGCUGCGAGGACAUGAGCCUCAGCGAGCUGCACGGGGGGGCACGCAUCAGGUGGGGUGCUUGUAUGCGCGGCACUUAUAAGCGGGGGCCCAUGUAA